GUCUCACUUACUUUGCAAGGGAAAGUCACGUAUGUGCUAGCAUUGUUUUUUUCCUUCCUCGUUGCAUUGCCUGUUGCCAUAUAUUCUAAAGUAGAAUACUUUGAUGUAGCAUUUCACAUUCGAACCCGCAUGUGCGUAGAAGUCUGGGACUCCAGUAAAGAUAGACUUUAUUACACCAUUGUAAUAAUGAUAAUUCAAUAUAUUAUUCCACUUCUUAUAUUAUGUUUCUCCAAUUUUUAUAUUGGAAUUCUUGUUUGGAUCCGUAAGCUACCAGGAGAAAACCAUCCCACGAGAAUCAAAGAGCUGGACCAAGAAAAACGACGGACGGUGAAGGUGUUAAUUUGCGUGGCUGUUUUUUACGCCCUCUCCUGGCUACCUCUCCACGUCAUAACUGUUGUAGCCAGUAACAACCAGCAACUGAUGUCCCAGGAAUACCUACAGGUUCACUGGAUGUUCUCUCAUUGGUUCGCCUUCACUAACUGCGCUGUCCAUCCAAUCAAUUAUUUUGUGAUGGAUAAGAACUUCAGGAAGAAAACAAUGAAACUGUUCCGAUCACCAUGCUGUUCGUAUCUUAACAAUACUGCGGAAUUUCAGAUGCAUCGGUUAGACACAGGUUGUUAACAGUUUAUGCAAUAUUGA